UCGGCGGCGGCUUUAAACAUGGGGUUGGACGGGCUAGACAGGGGACACCGAUGCCAGCAGCCAGGGCGGCCCCGUGACACUCUACGCAUUACGGUUUAGUGCCUACUUGGCACGUGAUGGGCCAUGAUUGUUUGCCAACGCGGCCGCAGUGCUCGAUAGAGUGGUGCCGCUGAGCUGUCACCAAUGGAGUCGCCGAUCAUACACUACACGGUCCCGGACCUGACUCGGCAGGGUCCUGACGCAGCGAGCAACCCCUGCUUCACAUCAUCUACACACUACAAACGCGAUAAAGUCGGGCGAGAUUAGCGAUGGCGGAAAUCCACCGUCUGACCGCCGCCAUCACUAACGAACCGCCGACAAACCUUCGUUUACAACACAGCAAUCGCCAACCGCUAGCAACGUGAUAAUGGACAUGCUGGCCCUGUCAGAGCAUCCCGGCCGCUCUUUCUCGGAACCAUGGGAUGCAGAUGCGUGUGGUAGUACAGAUGCGGGUUUGUGCUGCCCCAAACGACGCCCUCCCUCGUUUUCUUUCUUCGUUACCCAGAACCUACAUCCUCCAUUGAUCCCGACUUCGACAUUAUCACUAAAGACAGCUCUCGAGAUUGUUCCAGUUCGGCAAAUGCAAUGGCGGCGCUAGCUCUCCAACCACAUCCACGCUUGUCACUGCUAGCACGUCUAGCAGUGCUGCUAGCUGUCGGCCUAUGGGGCCAGACCACUGCCGGAGCCUACGAUGCCACCGUUUGCGGGCAAAUGGGUUACACGAUACCUUUCAACAACAUGACCUUCAACGCCGAUGCCUGGAACCCUGACGUCAAAGGAUUCCAAUGCAUAUCCGUCCAAGACUCACCGCCUGCUUUUGCGGCAACCUGGUCAUGGUCGUCGAAUCCAGAGAUGGUCCACUCCUACCCCCACGUGAAGCUGACGGCUCCUGGUCUGCCGACACCCUUGUCCAACAUCUCGGCAUUGGUUCUCUCCGCCCAAUGGUCCAUGGGUCCGGGGUCGAAGCCUCGCCCGGCGCGGGUGGUUGACCAUGACGGCCUGACCAACGACGGCACAUCUGCCAAUGUGGCGUUCGACAUGUUCGCUGAUCGUGAUGUCGCCAAGGCACUCAACGAGCAGACUGCAGAGACCGAGAUUAUGAUCUGGGUGGGGAAGUUUGGCCAUGCAGAACCACUCGGGUUCGACGCGAACAUGACCAAGACGUGCUUCACCCAGACUAUCGGAGACGCAGAAUUUGUCUUGUAUCAGGGCCAUAACGAGAGAGGUACCGACGUCUUCACCUGGGUAGCGUCGGCCAAUCAGACCACCUUCACGGCGGAAAUAUCGCCGUUGUUGCAAUACCUAUGGCGCAACGGCCUGGUAUCAGCCAAAUCUCAUCUCGGCUUGGUGUCUUUUGGGUCGGAGGCGUACCAUUCAGAAGGCACCGUCACCUUCUCUGCAUCGGAGUUCGACAUGGACCUGGUUGCGGGCGCGGCUCCGAAGCUCGCAGUCGGCCACCUGUGUUCUCUAGCGGCAUCCACCAAUCCUCCACAAUGGCUGUUCUCUAGCGCCAUCAUUAUGAGCGCUACUCUACUCUAUCUGAUAUCGUAGCCAAGACAUUAGCUAAUACACUAGUGUGCUCCAUAAACCUUAUUCAGCCGAGUCGGUCAGUAACAUGAGUGGCACGGGCCAUUGCUGCGCAGUUUAGAGGGAGACUGUGAAGCUAGUGAGGCCGCGAACGAUACAAUGGACAAAGCGGUUCGCAGUCAAAUCUGCGCUGCAUCAGCCUAUUUGCAGGCUACGGGGAAGGUCCUGGGAAAAUCCAGGGCCGUUGCAUGCUCCAGACACGCCUCGUAAGCGCCAUCCCGAUGCUUUAAUAUCCAGCAUCCCUGUAUCAAAUUGCACAUCACACAGCGCGGUACACUGCAUAUCUUUCCCUUCUCUUAAUUAGCUUCAAGGUAGGUCGGAUGUUGGGAGAC